AUGUUACGACCGUCUAAGUGGACAGCCAAAAGCCAGGUUCAACUGGAAGCAGAAGAAGGGCAAAGGGAGUCACAGGACUGGUUCGGGCCAUCGGCAUAUGACGUUUUUGGAGAUUGCCUGGUAAUCGCAGAGCGGAAUCCUUACCGCAUCGUUGGUGUUUAUGCCCGUAGGUAUCGGGACACGCGACUGCGUUUGCCCUACCUGGAUGAUGUUCUCUGUUCACCGAUUUUCCCAUGCAUCCAGCACAACGAGCCGCAGACUGGCCGGCCGCUAGCGCUGAACGUCCCUCCUGAGCCACCCAAACCGAUUAAAGCUUUUCCAGACAGCGGGGCAACAUGGCCAGAUACUCAAGAGAGCCCAGGAGGAGGUAGGUGUGGUAGGCCACUCGAAGCGACGACGAAGCCAGGAGUGGCGAGUUCGACAGGGGACAUAUCCACCCAUUUCAGGGUAUCGCAUCUCCGAAUCUCGUCCUUGCCAGCACCUUCACGUGCCGCAUGUAGCACAGCACCAGUUUCAGUAAGGGAUCAUACAGACGCAUGCUACACGACACGCUGUCUACGGCCGUGUUCGCAAUAUAUUUGUGUUGCUCCUCCUGGAAAUUACAUGCCAAGCUCUACGCUUGAAAGCUACCCAAAGGCCACAGUGGAGAACAAUAACAUGCGGAUUCCCACUCGUCUUGCCGACUAUUUGGAGAGAAAUUGCGUGACAAUCGAAAGGCCAUCCUGGGACAGGCGUUGCAGGCAAAAGCAUGAGCUACAUCACACCGACUCCAGGCGCUCCCGGUCAUCUGCACCGUCUGAUGACACGGAGUCAACCUGGGAAGAAGAGGAAGACGAUGAACUAAGGGCUUUUGGGUUCAACUCAUGUGAAAUUCCCAGCGCGCUUGCUGAUUCAAUCGCCAGUGGGCUGCCCCAGUUUCUUAGAAGAGAAAUCGGUAACCGUUGGCUUCCUACGUUGUUCGCCGAGGCUGACGUCCGCAUUUCAGAGUACUGGAAACUUGAAAACAUGAGGAAUAGGGAGAAAGCGGCCUGGGUCUACCAAGGGAUACAGACUGAGCCCAAACCUUAUCCAUGGGAAGAAGUACCACUGGAAGGGAAGCGGCCUUCGCCUAAGGAGAUCGCGCAGCAACGCAAAGAUGCGAGGUCACGGCGGCAUCUCAGCAUCGAGGCAGAACGUUUGCUGAGAGGUGUCGGCCAAGGCACUUGUUGCGAUGGCGACGCAGAAUGCACCACCGUGAACUCUAAAACCGCUCCGCUGCGCGGUCGUUCUCCAGGUGGCGACCAUACUAUUGCCUAA